AUGGCUGGUGCGUGGGACAACCACCAAACCGUCAACUGGGACGAGCCAGCCAACUGGGAUCACCUCCAGCCGUCAAGUGACGUCAAAGUGGACCAGACAAUCACUGUUAGAGAAGAUGAAGCAACCGACAUUGCCAUUUCUUCUGAUACUGUGGACACACCUUACCAAGACUCGCCAGAGCCAGCUCUGGAAGCAUUUUCGAUCGAGCCGGUCACCGAAGAAAUUGAGAGAGACAGUGGCUCAACCGCUGCACAGGCUCAAGAUGAUAGCUUCAUAGCCUCUGAGCAAGCUGCACCCGCCGAGCAAACUACACCCGCUGAGCAGACCACUCCCGCUGAGCAGACCACUCCCGCUGAGCAGACCACUCCCGCUGAGCAAACCACUCCCGCUGAGCAAGAUGCACCCGCUGAGCAAACCACUCCCGCUGAGCAAGAUGCACCCGCUGAGCAAACCACUCCCGCUGAGCAAGAUGCACUCUCUGAACAGACUCACGGCGAUGCCUUCACUCCCGCUGAGCAAGAUGCACCCGCUGAGCAAGAUGCACCCGCUGAGCAGACCACUCCCGCUGAGCAAACCACUCCCGCUGAGCAAGAUGCACCCGCUGAGCAAACCACUCCCGCUGAGCAAGAUGCACCCUCUGAACAGACUCACGGCGAUGCCUUCACUCCCGCUGAGCAAGAUGCACCCGCU